UAGAAGUGUAGAACGUUUGCUUCUCCGUAACUCGGUUCUUCUCCGGCGAAAAACCAACGGAGAGUAGUCCUUCUGAGAUUGUUGCAGAGCGACGAAGCUAUGGAGAACGGCUCCAAAAGACGAAGCGAAGUAGAAAUCAAAGUUCUUGACAAGGUCGGAGAAGUGAUCUCCGAAUUACACAAGGCCAAGCACGCAGACCAAGUCAUUUCCGCGCUGCACUCCGUCGCUAUUCUUCUCUUCCCUCUCGAUUCUUCUCUCUUCUCAGGUGCUAUUGGUGAGCGGUGCAGAGAGCAGGUUCUUAGUGUUGAAGCUCCUUCAGCUGAUGAGAGAAGCGAGUUGUGGAAGACUUUUUAUCGAGGAGCUGCAUUCAGAACAUUUGCUCGGGUUUUGUUAACUGAUGUCGCUUCCAAUUGGCUUGCUUGUUUCCCGUUUUCAGCACGGAAACAUGUGUAUGAUGUCUUCUUUGUUAACGGACUUGCCACUGAGGUUGUUCAGAUUUUGGUCCCUUGUCUACAGCAAAAUGGAAGUGGUGAUGUUGAUGUCAAUGCUGUUCACUCCAAUACUGAAAGGUUACUUGUACUUUGCUUGGUUGAAAAUAAUGGGGUGCUCCAGAUGGCUAGAGAAUUUGGUGGCUCUUUCCAGUCUGAAGAUUAUACAAAUGAAAAUCUCAUGUCAAAUGUAUCUAGAGUGGCACAGAUUGUUGCAUCUAUACCUGACAAAGCACAAUUGAGAGCCCCAACUUCACUUUCAGCACAUUUGUUCUUCAAGCAAGUUACCAUUCAGCUUCUUUCUCUAGCAGAAGAAGGGAAUAUGGAGAUAUUAGAUGGCUUCCAUGAAAGUAACAUGAAUGGGACCUUACUGUUUGUUGGGGAAACAUUUUCUCGUAUAUGUCGACGUGGAUCUGUAGAUGUGCUUUUAAGUGAAAUAAUCCCAAGGAUUCUUAGACAUGUCCGGAGUUUGUCAUCAUCAACUAUGGACUCACUAGGUUCAGAUGUUCUGGAAUCAGACCCUGGUUCCCAAUUUUGGUUGAAUCUUAUUCAAGCAAUCAAAGAUUCAUAUGCUGUGGAAAGAAUGUCUGAGCAACUUUUACAUCAGCUUGCAACUGAACAAGUGGGUGAUAUUGAAGCUUACUGGAUUCUUUGGCUAUUAUUUCAUCGGGUUUUCAAGAGCCAAAUAUCAGCGAGGUCCAUGUUUACUGACAAGUUUUUAGUCUGGAAAGUAUUUCCUAUUUGUUGCCUUCGAUGGAUCCUUCAAUUUUCCGUCCUUGAAUGCGCACCAGAUUCUAAUUCACUUGCUAAAGGUCAUAAUACCCGCAAUUUCUUAGACACGUUACAGCAUCUGGUAGCAGUAUGGUCUAAAAGGGAGUUUGUACAAUCAGCCCCAGUCGAGCAGCAAAUAUAUGUAACUGCUGGUGUAGGCCUUUCCCUAGAGCAGAUGUCUAAGGAGGAAUUAGAUGAGACAAAGGAUGUGCUGCAUUCAAUUCUCCAAGGAGUGAGCUGUAGGCUUGAAAGCCCUAAUCAUUUAGUACGGAAGAUGGCUAGCUCUGUUGCUUUAGUUUUCUCCAAGGUGAUUGAUCCAAAAAAUCCUCUAUACCUUGAUGACAGCCUAACUGGGGAGACUAUUGACUGGGAAUUUGGGUUGUCUACUCCUAAGAAAGGUACCUUGGGAACCUCAAGUUGCUUAGAAGAAGGUAUGAACAAAUCCAAAAUAUCUAAAACCUCAGUGCUGGAAGAUGGCUUAAACCACAAAGCCAGUGGGAAGAGUAAAAGUAGGAAAUUAUCUGCAACAAAGUUGGUUGAUCCAGACGAGAUCAUUGAUCCUGUUACACUGAAUUAUGAUUCAGUCUCUGAUGAAGAUGACAACAAUGAUAGUGAGGAUUCUGAUGUCUCAAGUGACUCAUCUUUACAGCCAUAUGAUUUAUCAGAUGAUGACACAGAUUUGAAAAGGAAAUUUUCACAGUUGGUUGAUGUAGUUGGGGCACUUCGGAAAUCUGAUGAUGCUGAUGGGGUGGAGAAGGCUCUUGAAGUUUCUGAAAAACUUGUGCGAGCAUCACCUGAUGAGCUUAAGUUUGUAGCAAGUGAUCUCGUGAGAACCCUGGUACAGGUUCGUUGCUCUGACUUGGCUAUAGAAGGUGAGGAAGAUUCAGCUGAAGACAAGAGACAAAGAACAUUGGUCGCUUUGCUUGUCACGUGUCCAUUGGAGUCUCUUGAAACUUUAAACAAACUACUAUAUUCACCUAAUGUGGAUGUCAGUCAGCGCUUACUGAUUCUUGAUGUAAUGACCGAGGGGGCUGAGGAGCUUGCUGAUACUAAAAUUAUAAAGGCUAAACAUCAGACUAGGGCCCUCAUAUCGACCACAUCAGAGACACAAGCUUGGUUCUUGCCUAGUGACAUAGGUCCUCCUGGAGCUGGUGCCUGGAAAGAGAUUUCAGAAACAAAUUCUUUACUGAACUGGACAAAUCGUUAUCAGAGGGAACUUCCCCCAAAGCCUGGUCAGAUUAGGAGAGGAAAGACACGUCAAUGGAGCCUUAGAUCAGCCAAUGCACCAAAAAGCCAAAUAGAAUGGUCCCAUAAUAAGUUUCCAGUGUAUGCAGCAGCAUUUAUGCUUCCUGCCAUGCAGGGGUUUGAUAAGAGAAGGCAAGGUGUCGACCUUCUUGAUAGAGAUUUUAUCGUCCUGGGAAAACUCAUCUAUAUGCUCGGAGUCUGUAUGAAAUGUGCAGCCAUGCAUCCGGAAGCAUCUGCUCUGGCUGGCCCUCUUCUAGAUAUGCUAAGCUCCAGGGAGAUAUGUUUUCACAAGGAAGCAUAUGUCAGAAGAUCUACCCUUUUUGCAGCUUCAUGCGUAUUGCUAUCACUUCACCCCUCUUAUGUAGCAACCUCCUUAGUUGAAGGCAAUACUGAAAUUUCUAACGGACUUGAAUGGAUUCGCACAUGGGCCCUUCAUGUAACUGAAUCAGACACAGAUAGAGAGUGUUAUUCGAUGGCUAUGAAAUGUCUGCAACUCCAUGCUGAAAUGGCCCUGCAAGCUUCUCGAGCACUAGAGUCGGCACAAAGCACGUCCAAUGCAAAGAAUGUUGUUGGGAUUCCGUCCAAUCUAUCCAAGGGAACAAUUAUCAUCCCCCACUCCAAUGUGAAAUACUGAUUUUAUCAUCAAAAAGACAAUUGCAUCUUGCCUUUUGUAAUUUCUGUAUAGUGCUACUAAUUACAAUCGAUAAUUUGUUGUUGGGUUCUCGCUUUUCUUUUCCCCA